UACUGUAAUCAGCCACUAUUUGCCGUCCUCUUACCAGCUCGACCCUCCGAAACCAGUAACGCCUAAACGGCGACAUUAUAUCUAUUUGCUAUUCGAACAAUUACCCUUGAACAUUUCAUCAUUUUACGCAAUUUUACUUUAUAUAUAGACUUUCCUUCGUACCAUGUCCAUAUCAUCCUUCAUUCCAGGAACAUUCUUAUCAUGAUACCUCCCAUUUUGCGACUGAUUUCAGGCAUCAAUUUCCCUGCCGAGGGCGGUCGUUAUGUCGUACUUUCUCCCGUCCUCCAUUCAGAAACGCCUCUUGCGAUAUGCUCUGUCGCGCGUUGACUUCCUGGACACGGAGACACUAGAUCUUGAUCGUCUGGAUAUAGCAUGGGGUAAACGGAGUGUCGUCGAGCUCCGAGAUGUGGGUUUCAGAUUGAAGGCCCUCUCGGCCUUGCUUAAUUUGCCCCCGAACUUCGAACUCGCCCAUGCCCGCCUUCCGUUGCUUCGAGUUGCCAUCCCAGCGGACAUUUAUAGUAAACCCAUUGCCGUUGAUAUUGAAGGCACCCGAAUCCAGAUAAAGGUACAGACCGAUGCGGACAUUCCUACAAAGGAUGCGGUCAAGCCGGAAAGUGGAUCAAAGUCGAGCAGAAGUGGCCGAGGCGAGAGUGCUCGCGGCGACAGGCAUCUCUCAUCCCCACCUGGUUCCCCUGAUGGCCCACGUAGCGGCAGGCACCUUGAAGACGAGGAACAUGGCCAUCUGCCUACGACAAAAGACCUUGCGCAGUCAUUUCUCGAGACAGAGCCGCUAGAGGAGAAAGCCGAGUUAGAAGCUGCCAUCGCGUCGCAGUCAAAUUACCUCCAAGGGUCGACAGUAUCAUCAGAUGACGGCGAGCUUGAAAUCGACUCCGGGACAGGGACAGCAUUGACGUUACCCGGGUUUCUCGCGGGUUUCCUCAAGGGGGUUGCUGAUCGAUUGGAGGUCAGAGUUAAAGACGUCGAGUUCAAUCUGGAUAUUGACUUGUAUACCGAUGGGCAACAAGGAAAUGCUUCUUCGCCUUCAAAAGAGUCUGUCACAGUCCAACUUAAGGUUGAAGAUGUGGACGUCGAGGGUGUCACAACAACUGCCGCCACUACCCGAACAACGCCACAAGAUGCUGUCCCAGGAAAGAGAACUAUAUCUCUGCAUAAUAUCCGUGGCGCGCUCAUCUCUGACGCAUCCUUUUUUGCGAGCCAUACGCGUUCUGCUGGACCGCCUUCACCUUCAGUCACUUUCCCUAGCGCCAUGUCUGAGCGAGGAGGCAUGAAGAGCCCGCAACAACAACCAAGGUCAAUGAGCAGAGGCAGCAGCAGCAGCAGUCUUCGAACCUCCCGCAGUGCUUCACAUGCAUCAGUCACUGACGAACCCGGCGCGGUCGAGGAUAUGCUUAAUUCGACAAUUUUCGAAUCAAUCGCCGGCCCACCUCCAGCUCCCCAUAGAAUGGAGACUUCUGUAGCCACGAGUGAUGGAGGUCGAUUCGCAGAUGCAAGCGAUGAUGAUGAUGACGAAGAAGAAGACGACCGCAGCCCCAAGGUCGAGCGUUCCCAAGACGAUGUUACAGUGACCGAGAAAUCCGCCCACGAGGAUGCCCAGGAGCCUGAGUCACCGACUGGAAUGCGCGGGGAGUCCGCUGAUCUGCAACAUUCUGAACCUGAUUUGUCCACUAAUAGUCUCGAAGACUCAUUACCCCAUGUUGAUACUCUGCUCACAGGCUCCUUGCAUUCAGUCAUUCAUGAAAAGACAGCUGAGGGUACCCAAGAAACUGACGAAAAAUCUCUCCACACGUCACAGUCAGAAUCAGAACCAACCAUUCAAGAAUCUCAGAGUGAUAUUAGGACUACCGAGAACGACCUGGUUGCAUCAAAUAUUGUCUCUCAGGAAGAGGCUAAUGAUCUUAAUGAUGAAAUGAGCAAUGAGCCAAUUGAGCCACCCAGUCCCGCAGAGAGCUCUGGCAAUGAGACAUCAAGCACUCAGUCGGGUACACCGUGCGGAGAUGAUCUCGCUCAGUCCAGGGUCUUUAGUCACGAAGAAGCGGAAAGCAUGUAUAUGAGUGCAGUUAGCCGAGAUUCACCAUCUCAAAGCAGACGUAUAGUAAUGCCGGGUGGUUGGGAUGCGUCACGCUACGAUGAUCUGGGCCAGUCUGGUCAAUAUCCAAGCCAUGCGGCUGAGGAGAGCGCUAGGCCGGUAACUCCGAGACCUGGUUCUGUCUAUAUGCAAACUCAAGGUGUUUCCGCCGAUCGUGAAAAACCUAGUACAGAAGGGCUCAAUACAUCACCCUUGCAAUCUACAGGGCUUGGUCACGCAACAGCGCCCGAAAGGCCACAUCCGUUGCAAUCAACGUCUUCAGAAAAGCAAUCCUAUUCGUCUGGGAAUACCUCUCGCGUGACCAAGGAGAUCUUGAAGAUUGAUCGCGUCAGUAUUCGCCUCCCAGGCUUGGAGUCAACUUCGUCUGGGCCAACACCAGAUGUUACUGCACAGCCAUUCGAUGGUAACAGUCGUCCUUCACAAGUGGCACCUGCAGGAGAUCCACACUCACGCUCAUACGGAAGAUUCUCAGCCUACGCUCAGCGAAAGAAUAGUGGGGAAGCUUCGAAACUAUUUGAACGACACAACCCUGACCAUUCUUCGUUCCUCCCGGACUUUGCUAGUUCACUGCAUGAAAGCUCAAUCUACUCACCAAUGGAGACUUCUACACAUGAGGAGAACCUCGAUUGUAUCGACCUCCUCAUCCGCUCUAUUGACCUCGCCGUGGAUAUGAGUGUGUGCCGUCUGGUUAUCAAGCUCCUGCAACAACUGCGACCAGAGUCAAAAGAUGAGCCUCCCAAACCCAAGGAACCAGAAGCCAAGGAACGGAAAUCUGAACAAAAGGAAUUAAAGACAUUUUUGCGGGUUGAUCGCAUAUCCCUGAAACUGCUCGAUCGCCUUUAUAGUGUAUUGCAGAGUCCAGCAGAGCAGACUGACAACUCUGCUGGCGGUAUUCUCGAUCCGCAACCACUUUCUGAAGUCUUAAUCUCUACGAGCGUCACAGGUUUCGAAAUCAAGAAUAUUUCUGGGUUAGACUCUUCAUCGGCCCGAGCAUCAAUUGAGAAGUUUUUCCUUGGGGAUGGUUCUGAUGUUAUCUUAUCAUUUGAUGCCAGUCGUAGGCUUAGGGCAUCUGUACGAGAUUUGUCAAGUGCCGCCAAUAAGGACGUCUCCUUCUCCAUUACACGUACAGGAAUUAAACGCAAAAUCGAGGUGACGACUUUACCGCUCCAUGUUUCGUUGAACUUGGAGAGACUUGACGACACUAUAACGUGGCUGGGUGGCUUCAGUAGUAUCCUGGAUCUAGGAAGCUCUAUCGCUUCUAAUACCACAAUUGUCGGCGCCAAGAACACAGGCAGCAAACCCGCAAAGCGUUCUCGCGGUGUUCACUUUGAGACUCCGAUGCCCCCUUCUGAAGAUUCUUCAGCUGCAAGCACAAAGGCUAACGUUAGGAUCGGAGGUAUCUUCGUACAUGUUAUCGGCCGGGUAUGCAGCGUAAAGCUUCAGACAAGCGCAAUGAAACUUGUUAGCCGACAGGAAGGCCUGGGUUUGCAAGUAGACAAGGUGGAGCUCAGUGGCCCAUACCUUCGCUUGGAAAAGCGCGCAGCUUCCGCCACCGCUGAACUGGGAAAUAUACGAGUCGAAUAUCUCUCUAAUCCAGAGGAAAAGGAUCUUGCUCGACUUCUUUCUCUACUCAAUCCCUCCAAUAACAAGUAUGAACAAGAUGACGACAUUCUCUUGGAUACUUUAUUACGCCAAAGAAAGCAGGGUGCCGUGCUCCGCAUAACCGUGGCAAACGUCAGCGGUGGUAUAGCCAAUUUGAACGAUCUGGAAUAUUUCGCUUCUCUUGGCAAGGAGUUUUCUAGGCUUUCGACCGUCGCCAAGUACCUCCCAGAAGACGACCGGCCUGGAAUUUUAAUUCUUGGACUGAUUCGAGAACUUGAAUAUAGGGUCCAAAUCAAUGAACAGAUUGGGGAGAUAAACUUGGCUCUUCAAAAUCUGGAAGUAGCCCAGGUGACUCUACCAUCGCUACUUGCGCUCGGUGUUCAAAACCUCAGUCUCUACAGGAAUUCCGAGGAGGAGCUUGUUGGCGAAGCUAUCAACUCACAGACUUUGUCGCCCCACGCGCAAGUACCCAUGAUCAUGGUUAGGAUGAUUGGAGAUGAAAUGGAGCCUACUAUAAGGAUCAAGCUUUGGAAUUUUCGAGCCGAGUAUCGGGUUUCAACUCUCAUGGCGGCCAUGGGAAUAUCAGCAGAGCAGCUUGUAGAGGACGUCGUCAAUGAUAUGGUAGCAUCCGUGAUUACUCUGACCGCUCGGCAGCCACCCACCAGCCCGUUGGCCCGCCUUUCUAGAGAAACGUCUUCUAGUAGCGAAUCGGCUUUUUCAUCUAGGACCCUCAAGGCGGAUAUUGUUCUGCGUGACUCCAUGGUCGGACUCAAUCCACGAGACAUGCCCUCAAAAGCCCUUGUGGUCUUGAUUGAUACACGCUUCGCUGGAGCUAUUCCGAGGGAUUCAGAUUUCAGCGCCACAUUGGAGGUCAAGAAAGCAUAUUUGAUGGCUAUUGAUGAUACCAACAAUCUCCUAGAUUCUAGUGAGAUUGCAGCGUCCAUGGCCUCACGAUAUACGAGCACCAAAAGUGACAUUUCCUCUACGUUAAGUGACAUGGGUUAUGUGUCGCUGAGCUAUAUAUCUUCAGCUAAGGUUACUGCAAAGGUCAUUAAAGCUCCAAAUAGUAAUGAGAAGUGUAUCGAUCUGGAGGUAAAGGAUGAUCUGUUCGUUCUGGAGUCCUGCGCAGACUCUACGCAGACGCUUCUCAGCAUCAUCAACGGACUCAAACCACCUAUGCCGCCAAGCAAGGACAUCAAGUACCGUACUGAGGUAAUACCUGUUCAGGAUAUGCUCGCUUCUCUUUCGGGAGAUGCUUUCGUUCCCUCAGGUCCGGGCGAGGAAGUAGCCGAAGAGUACCCGCUCGGCCUGGAAGAAGGCGACAUGAUGGACGACGAAGUUCCGCGGAAUCUUGAAUAUGUCAGUAGUUUCUACAGACCACAGCCAGGGGCUACGUCCGAGGAAAUGGCGGAUAGUAUGCUUGAUGACGAUCUCGGUCAUUUGGCAAGCCAGCCUAUCACACGAGAGAUUGGGGACAAGGUCCUUCUUGAGAGCUUCCAAGAGCAAUAUGAGGUUGCACCUGGUAAUGAGCCUCUGAACUUCCAAGAAGACCACUUUGGAUCAGGGGUGGGAGUGGAAGGUACAGCUCACAAGUGGGAUUCUGCGCUGAACGCCUAUGGCGUUGCCGACAGAACAAACGUACAGACGAGCCCUCUUCGUGUACGAGUGCGUGAUAUUCACGUCAUCUGGAACCUUUUCGAUGGAUAUGACUGGCAGAAGACUAGAGACACAAUUUCCAAGGCUGUGCGAGAUGUCGAGAUAAGGGCUACAGAACGCCGGAAUCGGAGUGACAGACGCUCUUCAUUUGAGGCCGAUCAGGGCGAGGAAGAGUCUGUCAUCGGAGAUUUCUUGUUCAACUCCAUUUACAUUGGCAUUUCAGCGAACCGUGACCCAAGGGAACUAGCGCGUCAGAUCAACCGCAAUGUCGAUGAUCUCGCCAGCGAGACAGAAAGCUAUGCUCCUUCAGUCCCUCAGUCGCCCAGUAGGCAGUCACAGCCGGGCCAUCAUAGAGGAAGGCGACUUCGGUUGCAGCGAAGCAAGAAGCAUAAGAUCGCAUUUGAGCUCAAGGGGCUGUCUGCAGAUCUCGUGGUAUUCCCGCAAGGUUCAGGCGAAACACAAAGUUCCAUUGACGUAAGGGUCCGAGAUUUGGAAAUCUUUGAUAACGUACCUACAUCGACGUGGAAGAAAUUUGCGACGUAUAUGCAUGAUGCAGGAGAGCGUGAGACCGGCAAGAGCAUGGUUCACUUGGAGAUUCUCAAUGUCCGGCCGGUUCCUGAACUGGCGGCGUCUGAGAUAGUCAUCAAGGUUACCGUCCUUCCCCUUCGACUACAUGUAGACCAAGAUGCUCUCGACUUUAUCACACGCUUCUUUGAAUUCAAAGACGAUUCCGCUCAGGCACAAACUUCUCCCGCCGACGUUCCCUUCUUACAGCGUGUUGAAGUCAACUCUGUGCAAGUUCGACUAGAUUACAAGCCCAAGAACGUCGAUUACGCAGGUAUUCGAUCCGGACAUACCACUGAAUUUAUGAAUUUCUUCAUCCUCGACCAAGCCGACAUUGUGCUCCGCCACGUUAUCAUCUACGGUAUAUCCGGAUUUGACAAGCUCUCCAAGACGCUCAACGACAUCUGGAUGCCGGACGUCAAACGCAACCAAUUACCCGGAGUCCUCGCCGGUCUCGCGCCUGUACGAUCACUCGUCAACGUAGGCGGGGGCGUCAAGGAUCUCGUAGUCGUGCCGAUUCGCGAAUACAAAAAGGACGGCCGAAUUGUGCGGAGUAUCCAAAAGGGCGCACUGGCGUUCGCCAAGACAACCACAAGCGAACUUGUCAAGCUCGGUGCAAAACUUGCAAUUGGCACGCAAACUGUCCUUCAAGGUGCCGAGGACUUUCUCAGCCAGCCUGGAGUUGGCGGCAGCGGGACGGCUCAUGGUCAUGGCCACGACGUCGGCGCAGGCUGGGAGGACGACGAAGCCGAUGAGGAAGAGAAGAAAGUUAUCAGCUUAUACGCCGACCAGCCCGUUGGCGUUGUUCAGGGCUUGCGCGGCGCAUAUUCCAGCCUCGGCCGAGAUCUCAUCAUGGCGCGUGACGCAAUCGUUGCUGUCCCCGGAGAAGUCCUUGAUAGCGGAAGCGCCCAGGGCGCAGCAAAGGCCGUGUGGAAACGUACCCCGACUGUCAUUUUCCGUCCCGCAAUCGGUGCCACCAGAGCCAUUUCUCAGACUCUUAUGGGCGCCACGAAUUCGUUGGAUCCCGAGAACAGGAGAAGAUUGGAGGAUAAAUACAAACGGCAUUAAACUCCCCAAACCUCCAGUCUAUACCCACCGUAUCGUUUUAUGGGCCUAUACCACUACCACUAUCCCCCGGAAGAGUCUUCUGGGAAACAAUUAACGAACGAAUAUCACGAAAGUUUAUGAAAAGCGCGCCAGUUUUUCUCUACCCCUCUCUCCUUCUCCCCUCCCUUCUCCUUUCCCCCUUCUCUUUCCUCUCUUAUUUUUUUUUUCUCCUUCUCUUUUCUUUUCUUUUCUGUUAUAUGUCAUCAAGGGCUUUAUCACCUUUCUUUUUUACACCUUUCUCAGAGCAGAAGAAGCUAGUUGAUUAACUCUUUUUUUUCUCUUGUCUGUCAAGUGUCAAUUUGUU